GCAGAAGAGCAGGGAGGGCUGAGCUUAUCGGUCUGAACUUUCCUCUCGUGUGUCUGAGCUUGAGGGAGAAAGUGAGGAGAGGGCUUUUCGGGGGACUCCAGAGGCGGUGGAUUCCAUUUGUGGAGAUGGAAGGGGGAGCCACCACCCCGUAAGAGCUGAGGUUUUGCUUUGAAGAGUGGAAGAGGUUAUCAGAGAAGGAAAGAAACCAAAAGUGCUGAAGUCAUGGGAGCUGAAGAGGAGGUGCUGGUCACGCUAUCUGGAGGGGCCCCCUGGGGCUUCAGGCUGCAGGGGGGCUCUGAGCAGAAAAGACCCCUUCAGGUGUCAAAGAUCCGCAAGAGAAGCAAAGCCUGCCGGGGGGGCCUGUGGGAAAACGACGAACUGGUGUCCAUCAACGGGAAGCCAUGCACCGGCCUUUCCCACGCCAGCGCCAUGCACAUCAUCGACUCCUCCAGCGACACGCUCCACAUCUGUGUGAAACGGGCGGCCGGCAGAGACCGAUCUGGCACACGGCCCCUGCACUCACUUUCCCCUGGGCAGCUGCGAGUGCUCUCCCCACCCUCCCCAGUCAGCCCAGAGCCAGCUGGUCCCCCGGCUACCACCCCACCAGAGCCGCAGCGCAGGCGGCAGCAGCAGCUGGAGAGUCUGACCUCGCCCCCCGACAGCGAGGCGUACUACGGUGAGACGGACAGCGACGCCGACAACAUUGCCCAGGAGAAGCACCGGCGGGCCCGCAAGAAGAGCCCUCGUUCUCCACCUGGGGGCUCCAACAACAAGCCAGGCGAGCCACAGGAUGAGGUGUCCCUGUCCGAGCUGAGUGGCUAUGACAGCACCCCGGAGGCAGCAGCACAGGCCGGAGAGAACAUGAGUGGCGUGGCCAAGAAAGACAUCGUGCAGCAGCCUGGCAGCCGCACGGACACCUCUUUCUCGGAGAGUGAGGUGCUGCUGCAGCCACCCCCAGCAGACAGCAGGGAGCUCUCCCCAGAGGCCAUGCUCCUGCCCCAUGCCACCAAGACCAUCCGAGCUGAGCGCCACCUCAUCCCCAUGGUGGGGCCAGUAGAACACCCAGUCGAUGAAGAUUUAACCACCACCUACGCAGAGAAAGCCAAACAAGCCAAGCUGCACCGCAGUGAGAGCACACAGGAGAAGAAUGUAAAAGAAGCCAAAACCAAAUGCAGGACGAUUGCGUCCCUGCUGACAGAUGCGCCAAACCCCCACUCCAAGGGCGUGCUGAUGUUCAAGAAGCGCAGGCAGAGGGCUAAGAAGUACACCCUGGUCAGCUUUGGGAGUGUUGACGAGGACCGCUGUUACGAGGAGGAGGAUGGUGUCUUCCCAACCAGCGAGUCAGAGUUUGAUGAGGAAGGCUUCUCAGAUGCCCGAAGCUUAACCAACCACUCGGACUGGGACAACACUUACCUGGACAUUGAAAAGCCUAAGCUGGAAUCUGAGCAGCAGCUGGGGCAGACGCAGCAGGGUCUGAGUGAAGCCUCCGGCAGAGGAGCACGGUUAUUUGAGCAGCAGAGGGAGAGGGCUGGUCAGUAUACGGUGGAGAAAGCUCCAGCUGAGAAGCCAGAGAGCCAUCAGCCACCACCAGGUGUCGUGCCAAAGCAGAGCAUGGUGAACGGGGAAGUGCCUACUCCACAGAAGGCCAACACGGCCCCACUGAGUAUCCAUGUGGAAGCAGUGCAGUUAUCCAGCAAGCUGCCGUCAUCUACCUCUGCUCAGGUCCAGUCUCCACCGGGCAGCAUUGGAGGAGGUGCCCAGUCGUCUCCAGGCACAGAGGGCCUCUUCAACAGAUCCGCACGGCCCUUCACUCCUGGCUUUUCGGGGCAGCGUCCUGUGACUUCCUCCGUCAUCUUCAGGCCUUUGGCUCCCAAGAAAAGUGGUGGCAGUCUGGGGGAGCAGAGCACCACUGCUCCACCUUUCUCACCAGUAACUCCUGUGCCACCUCCCACUGCACCAGUGAUGGCUCACAAUGGUCCAGCAAGCUCCUCAACGUCUCUGUAUAUUCCAGCGCCAGGCAGGCCAACACCACCAGGGGUACCACAGCCAGCCGCAGGCGGAAGUGCUCCUGAGACUAAGACACCCACAAACCCAGCCAUGACCUCCACGGCUUCCAUUGUUCUAACCACUCCCUCUAAGCCAGCGGGGGCUGCAGCAACACCUCAACCACGAGGGACAGCUUCUUCCUCCUUGUAUAUCAGCCCAGCACCACAGCAACCCAGCGUGGUGAGCGGCUCUCUGCUACCAAGCCAGCCGUAUCCUAUUGUCUCCCCGGCUACUCCACAACCUGCUUCUGAGCCCUUAACAUCCAGGGAGCAGCGGAUUGCAGUGCCAGCCCCCCGAACUGGCAUCUUGCAGGAAGCUCGCCGGCGGGGCAGCAAAAAGCCCAUGUUCAAUACCAUAGAAGAGAAGAAGAAGAAUUCACCCAACCCUGAGCUUCUGUCUCUGGUGCAGAACCUGGAUGAGAAACCCAAAGGCGACCACCCAGCGGCGGGCUUUGAGUCUGGGCCUGAGGAGGACUUCCUCAGCCUAGGAGCUGAGGCCUGCAACUUCAUGCAGUCCUCAGGCCGCAAGUUCAAGGCCCCUCCUCCAGUGGCUCCUAAGCCUCAGCAGCAAGGUGCCUCUGUUGGACUAGUAAACGGUGCCCAUGACAUGCCACAGCUGAAGGGCAAAGGGGCAGAGCUUUUUGCCAAGCGACAGAGCCGCAUGGACAAGUUUGUGGUGGAGGCAGCACCGAGGCCAGGCUCCAAGCCCAGGGCACCCUCACCCACCCCUUCUCUACCAUCAUCCUGGAAGUAUUCUUCCAACAUCCGUGCCCCACCCCCAAUAGCUUACAACCCCUUGCAUUCCCCCUUCUACCCCCUGGCAGCAAGCAAGUCUCAGGCUAGCAAAGCAGAGAGCAAAGUGAAAAAGGCACCCAGCCAGAAAUCGGGGAUCAAGGCCAUUGAUUUCAUGCGCCACCAACCCUACCAGCUAAAGUCAGCCAUGUUCUGUUUUGGGGAGCCCCCGAGUGCUGACACACAAAACCCUCUGCCCCAGCCAGCCCAGCAAUCCAGCUUGUCUUUCACCCCAGCCAAGCAGGCGCCUGUGAAAACAGCCAGGACCUAUGAGAUCCGGCGGUUUUCCACACCUGCUCCCAUGCCCACUUUGAGCAGCCUGGCACCCACAGUCCUCACACCCCGCUCUGCCACCACGCUGGACGAGCCAGUGUGGAGGACGGACAUGACCUCCUCCGCACCGUCCACCCCUGCCCCUUUCCAGGCCAGUCCCAGCCAGACCCCAAAGCUGUAUGAAAGCUCCCCAGAGCUCAGGCAGAUGGGCCAAGGGACUCCCCCACGCCCAGCCUCCUCCUCCGGGUUCCAGGUAGCUAGACCCAGGUUCUCAGCAGCCAAAACUGGGAUGCAGGCGCAUGUGUGGAGGCCAGGCUCUGGGCACCAGUGAACCAGGACCUGUCCCCCUCCCCGCCCCCCCCCCCCCCCGCAUCCCUUCCCCCACGGGUGCGACUGGGUGUCCAACCGAGAUAGUUUCUUUAAAGUGAGCUCAAUAAAUUGGGGCAUGUGAAGCAAAAGGCAGAAAGGGGGAGGGGGUUGGGGGGGAACUCCGUUCCUGGCCCCCCAUCCCCCUUUGUUUUCAGCCUGGCAGCAUCACUAUGAGCUUUCCCAGCUGUGGCUAGAGCCAGAGGACUCAGGAGGAAAGAAGAGAUAGGGCAAUAGUCUCCAGCCUGCUUCUGCCCACAGCUGCACGGCAAUGAAACCCAGUUUCUGGGGCCAGGGGAAUGGGAGGGGCAGACUGUCAUGGUAAGGGGUGGGUAGCACUCCAGUGGGCUUUAGAAACAAGACCCUGUUAACCCUUUCAGUGCCCCACUAAGGCAGGUGCCAUCCCAUCACUGCAGACAACAAGGCACUGCGCGCAGAAGGGUCCCACCCAGGCUCACAUGGGAAGUGAGUGGCAGAGACAUGACUGAAACCCAGGGUUGCCCCCUACCCCAGUGAAUUGAGAAAUGAGACAACGUUCCCCAGGCCUGCCUCUGCAGGGGAGCAGCAGGUGCUUUAGGGGACACUGGGACGGGAAGGGGAUGUGGGCAUCUGCUCAAACUCACAGCCCUCUGCUCGCCCUGCUCAGGACAGCCAUGGAGUGCACAUGCUCUUCCAGCAGCCAGGGCUGUGUUUGAGAAGCCAGCAGGGUUCCCCGCUGCGAUUUUCAGCUUCCUGGAGCCCUUCACGCAGGUAGAUGAUCCCAGCUGGCUCCAAGCAGCAGGGGGCAGUUUGAGGGGCUGAAAGGUCGAUGUGGGCCUGUGGUAAGUCUGGAGGAAUGUGAGAGGGAAGGAGAGGUUUCCUGGGAAGCCAGAAGAGCAAAGCAAGGCCCAGCUACUGACUGUUUAGUUCAGACACUGUAUGUGGGAGAGAUGGUUCUGAGGGAGAGUGCAGAGCUGGCUCGUAGUGGAGCCAGGGCUGACUUUAGAUUCACACACCAGCUUUUUGGGUCAGUCUCCGCUCUGGCAGGAGUUGUGGCUGCUGGAGUGGAGUCGAUGAGCAAUGUGAAGUUCCCCUGAGGACUCUUUGCUCAGCUGGGAAGGUCGGCCCCUCAUGUGGGCUGACCCAGCCCAGCUGGAGGCAAUGGGGAGAAGAGAAGUAGUGCAUGAGGAGUCACAUUAACCCAGUUAGAGCUUCUCCAGAGGGUUUGAUAGUUACAGAAUAGCCUAAAAUCCCCUGGGAAGCAUCAGUCACUCACCUGCACAGCUCUCCCCUGCUGGCACUGGGGCCACAUGGUUAGCCAUCCCUUUCAUGGCUUGGUUUAGGGUAGGAUGGCCUCAGCCACCUGAGCAGUGCAUGGACUCUUCCCUACACCAAGGGCAUGUGACAAGUAGGGUAACCAGAUGGCAAAUGUGAAAAAUCGGGACGGGGGUGGGGGAUAAUCGGUACCUAUAUAAGAAAAAGUCCCAAAUAUCGGGACUGUCCCUAUAAAAUCGGGGCAUCUGGUCACCCUAGUGACAAGGAAGCACUCCACUCCCCCAGCACGCCCACUGCAUACUGCUGAAGCUAAGGGGGUGGGAGUGGGGUCACCACCAUUGAAUUCACAAACCCACCCCCCUCCACACGCCCCCAGUGACCUCCAAGGACUAGGGCCAUGACUGCACUACAGCGGCCUGGCUACAGCGCUGUAGCCGUGCCGCAGACUACUGCAGCAGAAGAGGGUUUUCUAUUGCUGUAGGAACCUCCCCAGGCAACAGUAGCUAGGUUGACAGAAGCAUUCUUCCAUCUUUACCAGAAGUUAGGCCGGCAUAACUAUGGUGCUCAGGGGGUCUGGAUUUUUCACACCGCUGAGUGGCUCAGCUAUGUUAACAUAUGUGUUAAGUUUCAGAGUAACAGCCGUGUUAGUCUGUAUUCGCAAAAAAGAAAAGGAGUACUUGUGGCACCUCAGAGACUAACCAAUUUAUUUGAGCAUAAGCUUUUGUGAGCUAUAGCUCACUUCAUCGGAUGCUGUAGCUCACGAAAGCUUAUGCUCAAAUAAAUUGGUUAGUCUCUAAGGUGCCACAGGUACUCCUUUUCUUUUUAUAUGUGUUAAGUGUAGACCUGGCCUAAGCUAUGAACACCUAGCCCAGGCUGUGAGCUGUCUCCAAGUCAGCAGACAUGCUCCUUCCUUUGAAUUCUGAUCCGAGAUUAAGGGAGACUGAUCUAAAGUUUGGGAUCAGCAAAACUGGGUUAGGUUCAGGCAGAGAAGUGAGCUCAUAGCAGAGCACAGAACAGCCCUGUUUCGACCAGCCAACCAAACUGGGUCUGAAAACAGUUUGGCUGGAACAGCACUUAAACCAAAACCAAAACCAAACCCAAACUCGCUUUCUACACAUGGUCUCAAGCCCAGUGUGGCCAGGCACGAUGAUGUAGACCCCUUUGCAAUGAGAGACUAGAGCUCCUGCAUGUCCCAUUGGUAUGUGGUUCUAGAGCUUUCUGGUACCUCAUCCCAAUGGUCUGCUGGGACAGAGAGAGUGGGGGAACCUAACACAAUGAGAGGCAGCUCCAUCAUUGGAAUAGAUGGAACAAAAUCAAAACAAAAUAAAUGUAUCCUCAUGCCAGCUCCAUUCACAUUCACCCCAAUCCAGCUGGGCCACUGUGUCCCAGGCCCAGAGCUUGUAGUGCACAUUCCACUGGGGCUCUGAGGCAGAAGCAACAGGACUGGAGGCAGUGGCAACCAGACUUCACUCACCAGCCCAGCAGCCACCAGCAGGGCUGAGGGGAACUUCCCAAAGGGCCCUUCGUUAAUGAGCCCUGGUGCAGCUCAGGUGAUUUGCACCAGGGUCAGAGCCCCCAAUAUUAGCCUAGGCUGGGUGUGAGCAGCCAUGCUGUGAGGCCUUACCUGAGUUAGUGUCCUCAGUGGUACUGCACUCUCCCAUGUGUGUUGUUAGGACUUCAAGGGCCAGAGCUCAUGGCUUUCUGUGUGGCAGUAACCUGAGCUGCUGUGUGAUGCUUUCCCAGAACAUUUGGGGAGAACUUUUCUCUCCUUCUGGGCACACAGGAGGAACUAGGGGAAGGUGCUGGAGGACUAUUAAUAAUCAAAUGGUUUGGUCCACACUGCAAAGUGAAAGCCUGACCUGGGCUUUAGUUUAUAGACCCACAAUGAGUUAAUUAGCCCCGGUGGGAAGCACCAUUAAACUCAGAUAACAGCCAGUGUUUUGUGUGUGGACAGGAAUGAGGUUGGGGCAACAGCUGUGAAAAGCUAGAGUUAACUCCCUCAUGAAGACAGACCCUUAGAAAAGCAAGGGGUUGCUCUAAUACCACUGGCUGUCAGAGAAUUACCCAGAGGAGAGUGGGCAUGUUCUCAGGGAGUGACUGUGUUGGGAGCUCCAGUUUGGCACGCGAGGGUCUCAGGAAGAGGGAGUAUCUGAAACUGGGAUUAAUGGUGACUUGAUCUGACCUAGCUGGAGACCUAAUAUGGAGCAAUGUACUAAUGUGAGAGUAAGAGAUGAGAACAGGGAGGGUGGGGGUUGUGCAUUGGAUUAGGACUUUCACUCCUAGCAACCUGGAGUCAAAUCUGUAUUCAGAACCAAGUUAGAGGAGUCUCAGAUGGCUCUCAGCCUAGCGUUUUGCUGACAUCAGUGCACGUCACACCAUGACCCCACCAUUGUCCACCUGUACUAAGGCAAGGACCAGGAGUGGAGCAGCAAGGAAAUCUGCCGCCAAGACUGAGGGCUGUAAUAGACAGGAGGUGUGAAUCAGGACUGAGGUACAUGCAUCAGCUGAGCUGUACCUGGGGCCAGGAAGAAGUCUACACAGUGCCCGCCUGCACCAUUGCUCUACUGCCAGCAUCUAUGCAGGAGAGACCUAGGUGUGUCGCAGGACAGAAUACAAGAGGUGCAUUUUUAGCACGAGGUGGGAUUCAGUGCAACUAAAGUGAGUCUCCUCCCGGGACUGCAGCUGGGAACUUACUGCUGUUAUUUCACUACCUCACACCAGAGCAGGGAAAAAAAAUUCCUGCAACUAGAACAGGAAGUGGGGUGGAGUGGUUCAUGGCUCCAUCCCAUAACCACUCUGGGGAAGCCAGUUACCCCUCUCAUGACCACUUGCCGAAAGCAGGGAAGCUUGCUGUCACGGGGGGGGCUCUCUGAAGGGCCAGGCACCAGCCUUCCUGUGACAAGCUCUGCUAAGGAGAAUAAGCCAACCCCGAUCUGCCUGGGGAUGGUUAUGAGAUGAGUAGCUGUGUGGUAGUUAAUUACUACCCAGACACCGAGGCCUGCAAGGGUUAGGAGUGCCCCCUUCAAAAAUUAAUGACACCCAGCUAAUCAUCUCAUUAACCAGCCCUAGGUGGAUCUGAGUUAGCUUAUUCUCCUCAGUGGAGUUUGUUGUAGGAGGCUGGUGCCUGACCCCUCAGAGGGCCAGUCCCUGUGACUUCUGCCUGGAGCCUAGCUUCAUUGUAAAAUUCACCAGUUGUUAGAGACGCUGGGUAUUUAGGCAGAAAGUUUGUGUAAAGUUCCAUCUUGCCACCAUGCUAAAGAGACAGGCCCAACCCUCACUGAGCAUUUGGAUACGAAGUGAGGGGUCCAUUUUAUAGAUGCCCAUGGUUUCCCCUUCUCUCUCUAGCAUGUUUGUAGGUUACAAAAUUACAGGGAUUGCAAGAUGGGAAAGCUAUUUAGGUCUUCCUGUACUCAGGAUAGGAGAGCCCACUGUAGCAUCCACCAGCAGAGAUAGUACUAGCCCAUUGGGGGCCCUAAGCAGGAAUAUUUGUGCCCCCCAACACAUAAUAAAAAGGGAAUAGGGAGCCCCCUUGAGCUGCUUUGGGCCCUGAGCAAUUGCUUAGUCUGUUUAUGCCUAGAGCUGGUGGCUCUGACCAGAAGCUGUGAGCUAAUGGGCUGGCUGAAGUGGAGAUGUCGCAUAUGAGUCUGGUAAGAAGAAGCAACUGCCUUUGGCCAUCGCAGCUGCUCCCCAUUCCCCUCCCCUGAGUCUUGAUGAUAGGAGAGCAGGAACAAGACUAGGGAACAGCUGUGUGUGCCAGUGGGAAAGUGAGGAUAGGCCGAGGACAGGCUUCCAAACAAGGAUGCAGGGGUUCCUGCCUACAGAUAACUAGGGCCCUACCAAAUUCAUGGUCCAUUUUGGUCAAUUUCAUGGUCAUAGGAUUUUAAAAAUCAUAAAUUUCAUUAUUUCCAUUAUUUAAAUUUGAAACGUCAUGGUGUUGUAAUUUUAGGGG